UCGCCGCGGCGCCGCCAACCCCGUGUAGAGGACUCGUGGCGCAUGGUCGAAGGCGAAAACGACUCUUUCGACACCAAUAUCCUACCUUCUCUCGACGACUCUCCGCUCCUACCACCCUCGUCGGACUCUACCGGCCUGCCCACACAGCCCUUCUCCCAGGACGGGCUGAGUUUCGCCUCCCAGGACAGCAUCCGGGACUUCGCUGCGCACCCAGACGACGAGCAGGUCAUUUUGCGCGAGCCCUUUCGCCCUAGUCUCUCAGGAAUCAACGUCAGCGCGAGCGGCAGCGGCGCCUUCCGUACACCUGAUCCGGAGUUUCGCAUGCCCCGUGUUGAUAUCGAUAGCGAGGGGACUGGGAGUGGGAGGACGACACGGGGACUCGGCAUUGGAUUUGGCGGGAGAGAUGAUGGCGGGCCUGUGAGGAGACGGGGCAACGUCUCGCUUGGGAGUCCCUCAAAACAGAGGAGCGGUCGGCGGCGCUACGACGACCAAGACCGCGACUAUCGAGGUCGAGAGUAUCGUGAAGAGCGUAGAACGUUCUGGGGCCAACUUGCCGGGCCUUUCCCUACUGUCAUCCUUGCCAGUCUUUCUUGGCUCUUCGGCGUCAUUACUCUCGCCUUUCGCUAUGCCCAGCGACCGCUCGCAGUCCUCUUGGCCGUUUACCUCUCCUUUGGCGGCAUCAUCAUCGCCCAAAACAUGGCCACCCGGUCCAUAUCAGCCUCGCUGUCUCCGCUUUGUCGCCUCCCCGGUGUUACUCUCUUGAACAUCCCCUUUUGUCCGUCUAGGGAUACCAUAAUCACCGACCCCAGCGGCCAACCUCCAGCGCCCGUCGAAUUCGACGACCUCAUGACUGUGCAGGCGCAGUUCGAACAGGUACUGGAGAAGAGCGCCGACGGAGUCUCGCUGCCAUUUGAGAUGAAGCGCUCCGAGACGGCGAUCCGCGACCUGCGGAGCCUUGUCCGUCAUAGCGACCUACAGGCUCGUGACGAGCUCCUCCUCGAGUUCGACGGUUAUGUUGAGACGGCUCGUCGCACCGCGUCAGACUUGCAAAAGUUCAACACUCAUGUUGGCUCUGCAGUCGACGCAGUUAUAAGCAUCAACCGUUGGACCUCCCGAUAUAUCGAUACCUUGGCCCCUGAAUCUCCCGACAAUCCAAUCUCGCCCUCCACCUCCCUCAUCGGCUGGACGUCAUGGCCUUUCCACCCCUUCCAGCCUACCGUCGACCACAUGUUCAACGAGCGUAUCCUCCUUGACAAGUACAUUGAGCACACAGCUCUCGUCUCGGAGCGCAUCGCCACUUUGAUCCUCGAGGCACAGGCCAUACUCCGGCUUCUCACAAAGGCUGAAGACCACCUCGCCCUCAUCUACGAUAUUACCUCGCGCUCGUCCGCCGACACCGCCCAACGCCGCGAAUCGGUCCUUUGGACCAUCUGGACGCUCGUCGGCGCAAACUCGGCGCGCCUCAACAGCCUCGCCCAGCAGCUCUCUCUCCUCCGUCAGGUCGACUCCCAGCGCUCCUCCGCCGUUGCGCAAGUCAGCGCUCUCAUCCUCGAGCUCGAAGCCAUCCAGGCCGGGCUGGGAGACCUGCGUGACCGCGUUGCCCAACCCGCCCUGCUACAGGGCACCACUGGCCCGUCUAUCCCCUUGACCGUUCACAUCGAAACCAUCGACCGCGGCGUUGAACGCCUCGAAGACGCUCGCCGCCGGAUCCGCGCCGCGGAGAACGAUCGUGUUCGUGAUGCCCUGGCCAGUGGCGGCUUGCGAGACGGCGAGCGAAUGAUUGACGCCCAG